GAAACAUUUUGUUAAAGAGUAAUUAUCUAUACCUUACAGAAACGAAUAUGAGGUUUUAUUUAUGGAUAUUAGAUCGAAAACCAACAAGAGUUCUUAAGGAACAAUUUAGUCAUAAGCACACACAAAAACUACAUAAAUUGGACAUAUAUUUCUCAAGUUAUUGCAAGAAAUAUAUCUCUAAGGGCCGUUGCUAGGCAAGAAUGAACUCCAAGCAAUUUAUCCAGCAAUGCAAAGCUGAAAUUCCGAGCCCCAAGGCCGAGUUAUUCUCAGUUUUGCUUUUAAUAAAUAAAUAUUGUUCAUUUCCUUGGGUUUAGCAUUGCACACAUUGCAGGAUUGAGUGGAUUUUGUCUCUAAAUAUAUUCAAAGAAUUUGAAAAUUUAUUGGGGACAAAAUGGUGGAGGAAUCGAAAAAGAACUUAUAGAAUAUUGUAGUUCUCAAUCUGCAUUUGACACAAUAGUUAUUGGAUACGUGAAUGAUUUUUUUUCUAGCAAUGAAAUAGAUAACUAUCCUUCUUUAAAUCUUGCUAAUCAUUGCUCUUUCCCUAUCAUAUCUGGAUUUAAUUCUUUAUUAUAUUGUGAGCAAGUUGAAGUUGCAAUAAAAAUUUGUCAGCAAAAUAACAUAUCAGUUCAAAUUGCACUUGGUGGAUCAUAUGGGGUCUAUUCAAUUGCUAAUGCAACUCAAGGGGAUGUUUUUGCAAAAAGAAUUUGGGAAAUGUUUCUGGGUGGAAAUGGUCCACGUCCUUUUGGAAGUGCUGUUUUAAAUGGAGUGAAUUUGGAUAUUACACAGGGCCCUUAUACUGGCUAUUCACAAUUUGUUAAGACUAUGCAUGACUUAAUGUUUCAAGAUAAAAAUCGAACGUAUGUAAUCUCUUCAACAUCUAGAUGUUCUGACUUAAAACCUUUAAAAAAUCUUGGAGAAACUCUGACUUUAUAUGGAGAUUAUUUUGAUGAGAUUUAUGUAAUUUACUACAGUGACACAUGCACUUCUAAAGGAGAGUUUUUUAACAUAGAAGAAUGGUUUUCUUUUACUAAUAAAUUUAUUAAAAAACCUCUUGUUUACAUCAGUUUGUUGGCAGCACCUAUUGCUCAAUUUGAAGAAUAUUAUCAAGAUUCUAUUGGUUUAGAAAAUAUUAUUAAGAAAGUUAGUUUCCAUGAAAAUUUUGGUGGAAUAGUUUUAUAUGAUGCUGGUUAUAAUGAGGGCACAUUAGUUAAUAAUACAAAGUAUAGUGAUGUUGUUAAAAAAAUUUUAAAUGAAAAUUUCCUUACUGUAACAUCCACAUCAACCAUAAGGAAUUUAACUGCAACAUCAACUGUAACCUCCACAUUAAUCAUAAGGAAUAUAAAUGCAACUGCUGUAACGUCAACUUCAAGAAAUGUAACAACUCAACCAAAAUCUUUGAAAUUAUCAACAACUAAUUCAAUUGCAACAUUGAAAAAAGAAAAUAAAACUGAACCUGUCAUUGAGUUGUUUAAUAUGAAUAAGAUACGAAGUUGCAAUGAUUCACUUUGUGUAAAAGAUUUAGCAUACAAUAUGUCAUCAUUAUUAUCAAAUCACUCUUUAAUUGUUUCUUCUAAAGUUUUGACUAAUUUUAAAAAUGUCAUGUCAACAAUUGUAGAGGGGAUUAAAUUACUUUCGAAAAAUCAAUUGUAUGAUGUUGUUGAUGACACAAUGAGUUCAGUCAGCAUGAUUAUUCGUAACUUAAACAAUUUUAAAGAAGCAGAAAGAAAUUCAGAAGCCUCCUCAGGCUUUAUCAAUGUUUUAGAGCAGAUGGGGCAAGUUAUCAGUAGCAAACCAUUCAUGAGAAACAGUUCUUUGGAAGUAUCAAAAGAUCAGAUUAUGUUGAAAGUAACGAGUGUUGAAAAGGACAAUUUGUUUAUUUAUGCAGUUGAAGGUAAAAAUCAGAGCAUAAAAGUCAUUAUGAAACAGGGAAACAAAAGUUCACUUAUAGAAAAAGAUCAUUUUGCAUCUGUUCAAAUACCAGAUAUUGCAUUUAUUAAUAAAAAAAAUGUUGUUUUUGUUUUGGCAUACCGAACAGCCGCAUUAUUCAUGGUAAAUAACACUGAGUUAUCUAAUGAACUUUCAAAACAAGCAGUGAUUGGUAAAAUCAUAUCUGUAACAUUAUCAAACACAACAGUUCAACAGUUAUCAAAACCAAUUAUAAUAACAUUUGAAAAAGUUGAUAAAGAUUCUGUAGAUAGUUCCGCGACAUGUAAGUAUUGGAAUUCUACUAAAGGCUGGUCAACUGAAGGUUGUGUUAAAAUUGAAGAAUCUUGUGAAGCAGUUAAGUGCCACUGUUACCACUUAACAAAUUUUGCGCUUAUCUUAGAUGUUACACAAACAAAAAAUAACCCUUUUUAUUUACAAGUUUUAACAUGGGUUGGUACUACCUUGUCUUUGGCAGCAUUAAUUUUUACUAUAGCAACUAUUAUAAUAAUCAAAAAUCUAAGAAAGCAGUAUUUUCAGCAACUUCUACUUAACUUGUGUGCUAGUCUCUUGGUUCUUAUCAUAGUAUUUUUGACUUUUGCUGAGCGCAAAUGUAAAAGCAAAUGGCAAUGUAUUGUGGUGGCUUUAAUCAUUCAAUUUUUUACAUUGUCUACAUUUUGUUGGAAGAGUGCUGUGUGCUUGAAGCUUUACAGGGAUUUUGUACAAAUAUUUAACUUUUCAAAAGCUAUUAGUUUGUGGAAAGUUCACCUCUUUGCAUGGGGAUUCCCUUUUUUGGUGGUAUCAAUUACGUUUGGUGUUGCCAAAACACACAUAAUUAGUUCCAGAUUUUGUCUUAUUCAAGGAAAUGCCUUUUACAUCGCUGUACUACUUCCGUGUGUUUUGAUUCUUGGUUUAAAUAUUUUGGUUCUUCUUUCCGUGUUAAUAAGAAUAUUAAGUUCUAACAAUAAAUGUUCUAAAGGUCAACGUCAGUCAUCUCGUGAGGUCCUAAAGUCGAUAAAGAUAGCUCUAGCAUUCAGCUCAUUGUUGGGGAUUACUUGGAUCUUUUCCAUAUUUGCAAUAGGGCCGUUGGCCAGUACGUUUCAGAUACUGUUUUGUAUAUUUAACUCGCUUCAAGGAGUAUUUCUUUUUAUAUUUUACUCAAUUAGCAAUAUACAAGUUAUUCGAUGUUUACGAGUAUGUCUACAGUUUUUGCUGUGUCAGCGAGCUAACAAGCAACAAAAUCCUAACAUAAAUGAUAUUCGUAAAGGUUCGACAACCGAUGUAAUUGAUAUGGUCAGAGUUAAAUAAAUAAUAUUAUAACUUAUUUUAUCAGCAAAAGUUGUGCUAAUUAAACACAAAAUGUUUAAUGUUUCAUUAAAACGGUUUUAAAUUAUUUUUACAAUAAAUCUUUUUAUUUUAUAA